UGCGACGCGCCGCGGGGUCGGCAGGCGCAGGCGGCGGCAUCGCCUCGGGCGCCGGCGGCCAGUGUCAAUGAUUGUCAGUGACAGUACACUCGAUCAGCUCAGUCGUCGCAGGUCGCCGGCAGACCAGACAUCGCUUCCAGCAUCCGCUGCGCUACCAGAGGCAUGAGUCCCGCCGCGCUCCUCGUGGCCGCCCUGCUGGCCGCCGCUGCCUCGGCCUCCGCGCCGCCCGAGGCGCAGCCCCCCGCGGGUCCGCUGCGCGGCAAGUGGACCGCCACCACCAGCGGCAGGCCCAUCGCCGCCUUCGAGGGCAUCCCCUACGCGGCGCCGCCCGUCGGACCGCUGCGGUUUCAGUCGCCCGUGGCCGCGGCGCCGUGGUCCGAGGUGCGGGUGGCGGACCGGCCCGGCUCCAUGUGUCUGCAGAGGAACAUCUUCCUGAAAGUCGCCCACCUGGAGGGCAGCGAGGACUGCCUCUUUAUCAACGUGUACGCCCCUGAGACCGUGUCCCGCGCCCAGCCUCUCCCCGUCCUGGCGUGGGUCCACGGCGGCGGCUUCUUUGCCGGGGUCAGCCACGAGUACGGGCCCGAGUUCCUCCUGGAGCGGGACGUGAUCCUCGUCACCUUCAACUACCGCCUCGGCCCGCUCGGGUUCCUGAGCACCGGCGACGGCGUCAUCGCCGGCAACUUCGGCAUGAAGGACCAGGUGCAGGCGCUGCGGUGGGUGCGUGAGAACAUCCGGGCGUUCGGCGGUGACGCCGACAAGGUCACCAUCUUCGGCGAGAGCGCGGGUGCAGGGUCGGUGCACCACCUCACGAUAUCGCCGCUGGCCAAGGGGCUGUUCCACGGCGCCAUCGCCAUGAGCGGCUCGGCCCUCAGCCCCUGGGCCUUCCGCCCCCCGCGCGUGGCCGCCGAGUUCGCCGCCAAGGUCGCCGUCGCGGUGGGCUGCCCGACGGACUCCGGCAGCGAGGCGCUCCGCGAGUGCCUGAUGGGCAAGUCGGCCGAGGACAUCAUCAGCACGGACCUGGCGCUGUACGAGUGGGGCGCGCACCCCAUGUGUCCCUUCACGGUGACGGCCGAGCCGGCCGGCCCGGGCGCCUUCCUCGACCGGCACCCCGCGGCCGCCCUGGCCGCCACGCCCCCCAGCGUGCCGCUCGUCAUGGGCUUCGUGUCGCACGAGGGCUGCGUCGCCGCCGCCCCCAUCAUCACGGACCCUAAGCUACAGAAAGAACUCGACGAGAAGUUCGUCGACAUCGCCCCAAUCAUCUUCCACUCCAAAAACUUGGACAAAAGCAUCAACAAUGCAAUCUUCAAUAAGAUCCGCAAAUUCUACUUUAACGACAGCGCGAUCGACCAGACGACUAAGUGGGACCUCACUAAAAUGUUCUCAGACCAUUUCUUUAUCUGCUCGAUCCUGGAGUCGGUCAAGAUCCAGAAGCAGUCCUCGGCCACGUCUCCCGUUUACCUGUACGACCUGGCCUACCUCAGCAAGCGGAGUUUCGCCGUCGCGUUCGGCGCGGAAGAAGCGGGUUCAGCCAUGUGCCACGGGGACGACCUGCUGCUCAUGUUCCCGCUGCAGUCGAUGCUCCCCGGCGAGCAGUCGGCGGCCGAUAAAGCCAUCGGCAAGGAGCUCAUCGACGCGAUCGUCACGUUCGCGUCCACCGGGGUGCCCACCAGGGACGGCUCGUGGCGGCCGGUGCAGAACGCCUUGCAGCCCGAGUACAUCCACCUGCCCGAGGCGGGGAAGAGCAGUAUGAGGAGCGGCUACGAGCCCGAGAGGGUGGCGUUCUGGAGGGACCUCCCCGUCAACCUGGCGUUCGCCGCGUCCGACCCCCCCACCAGGGACGAGCUGUGAGCCGAACGCCCCGGCGACGGAAUUUACCACUGUGAUUUUAGCUUUACGUAGAUUUAAUAAACCGCCAGUCUCCCAAAUAACGGAAAGCAGGCUUUGGUGGCAUUAUUCUAGCAUUUCAAAA